UUGCAGGCAAUGCUGGACGAGCAACACAAUACUUAAUCACAGAAGUUAAGAGAAACAAGACCUGGGAACUGCAGCUUUGGAAAAAGAGGAAAUUGAACGCAAAGAGGACGUCAAUGCACUAAGCCAAGUAAGUUGUCCCACUUUCGCCAUCGCCAAUUUACAUGAUAACCUAUGAUAAUAAUCUCCUCAGGUCUUGCUGUGGCUAAUCCUCCGCGUUGUAUUCGACCUCGCACAAAGCAAAAUACUUGUUCACCUUGGCAAACAAACCUGGGAAGACCUGCGCGGCGGCACUACCUACACGGUGCCCGAACUCGCAGAUGUUAUCAUCACUGAACUCGAAUGACACUACGUCCCGCACUGCUCAUGAUGUCACGCGAAGCCAUGAUUUACUUCGUUAGCAUUCCUGCUCUGCUUGGCCGUUUUGUUUGCCUCCGUUUAUUGCUCAGAUAUCUAAGACUGUCGAAUGGCACUGGGAAGCGCUAUUCCAGCCGUGGUAUCCGAUCGUGUAUUCUUACAUGCCAUCAUUAUAACAAGCAUUUGUACAGAACAUGCUCACGAUCACUCACGCAAAGAUGAGUAUCAAACGACACGCCCAUCACGACGUUCAUGAUCUGCAAUCAAUGCCCAAGUCUUGAGCUAUGAUCAUCGCAGCCUUCUCUCCA